UUUCUACAAAAACUUGCUAUAUAUAGUAGUUGAUAAGCAUAGGGUUGUAAGGGAACUGUCAAAAGAAGCCUUUUGGGCAAGAAAGAAAAUAAAACAAUUGUCAAAAGAAGGAAGCAAAUAGAGUAUAGGAAAAAAGAGCAAAAAAUGCGUGGUCAUCUUUCACAUGACACCCUGGUAGAAGUUCCUGCUGCUGUGAUAUGGGAUAUCUACCGUAGUCUCGAGCUCGGAAGACUCCUCAAUGAACUGCUACAAGAUGAAAUCGGCACAGUUGAAGUUGUCCAAGGUGAUGGGGGCGUUGGUACUAUUUUAAAGAUCACAUUCGCUCCUGGAAUUCCUGGACCUACUUAUAUGAAGGAAAUCUUCACAAAAAUUGACGAUGAAAUUCGCGUGAAAGAAUCAGAAGUCAUUGAAGGAGGGUACAAAGAUUUUGGAUUUGAGUAUUGUGGAUAUCGCCUGCAAAUCAUUGAAAAAGAUGCUAAAUCAUCUAUUAUCAGGUCCUCAAUCGAGUAUGAAAUAGAUGACAAGCUUCAAGAAAUUGCUUCUCUGGUGACUACCAAGCCAAUGGAAAUUUUGGCUGUAGGGAUUAGCAAAUAUCUCAGAGAAAAAACGAGUUCCUCUAAUUAGGAUAUGUCCUAUGCAUAUUGCUUCCAACUAUACUACGUGUGUGUCGUACGUUUUUUCUUUCAUUUAAGCAACAAAGUUUAGGGAAGAACAUGAACGACUGCAAACUUUGAUUUUGCAAACCAUACAUGUUUAACUAUCCUCAAUGAGUUAUUUCAACAAAAAAUAAUAAUAAUAAGUGAGCAUUUAGCUCAUAGAUAGGUGCACAUGUAUUUUCAUGUUGGAAGUGUUAGGUUUAGAUCUUUUGUCAAAUAUAAUAAAAAAGCUAUUCUUAGCUUAUUAGUCUUGUCACACAUAUAUACAUAUACAAACAUAUGUAAGUUAGAAAAUUAGUUGUUUGAUAUUUAUGUGAAAUAUAUUGUAUGGUU